AUGCGCCCUCUCCACGGCCGGAGAGGAGUCGGCUGGGAAAUGGCGGCCGCAGGGAUAGUGACUGUUACAGCGGCUGCCGAGAACUCGGGGCUAGCAGCGUCGAGCGGGAGUUUCUGCGCGGUAAACUGCGGCCCGAGUCCCGGGACGGGCCCGGGUCCGGCCUCGUGGAGCCGUUCCCUCGACCGGGCCUUAGAAGAGGCGGCAGUAACGGGGACGCUGAGCCUGAGCGGCCGGAAACUAAGGGAGUUUCCCCGGGGAGCGGCCAACCACGACCUGACGGACACCACCCGGGCCGAUCUAUCAAGGAAUCGCCUCUCAGAAAUUCCUACAGAAGCAUGCCACUUUGUUUCUCUUGAGAGUCUCAACUUGUAUCAAAACUGUAUUCGGUAUAUCCCAGAGGCAAUUCUGAAUCUACAAGCAUUAACGUUUCUAAAUAUCAGUCGAAACCAGCUUUCAACGUUGCCAGUACAUAUGUGUAAUCUCCCACUGAAAGUCUUAAUUGCCAGUAACAAUAAAUUGGUCUCUCUUCCUGAAGAAAUUGGACAUCUCAAACACUUGACAGAGCUUGACGUAAGCUGUAAUGAAAUUCAGACACUACCUCCCCAAGUUGGCAACCUGGAGUCUUUGAGGGACCUUAAUAUCAGAAGAAAUCACUUAGUGCGUUUGCCUGAAGAGCUUGCUGACUUGCCUUUAAUACGGUUAGACUUCUCCUGCAAUAAAAUUACAUCAAUCCCUGUUUGUUAUCGGAACCUCAGGCACCUACAGAUGAUCACCCUAGAUAACAACCCCCUACAGUCUCCUCCUGCACAGAUAUGUAUAAAAGGCAAAAUCCAUAUAUUUAAAUACCUGAACAUACAAGCAUGCAAGAUUGCUCCAGACCUGCCAGAUUAUGAUAGGAGGCCUAUGGGCUUUGGCUCCUGCCACGAAGAAUUAUACUCAAGUCGUCCAUAUGGAGCCCUUGAUUCUGGUUUUAAUAGUGUGGACAGCGGUGAUAAGAGGUGGUCAGGGAAUGAACCUACAGAUGAAUUUUCAGAUUUACCUUUGCGAGUAGCAGAGAUUACUAAAGAACAGAGACUGCGAAGAGAAAGCCAAUACCAAGAAAACAGAGGCAGCAUAGUGGUAACAAAUGGUGGAGUGGAACAUGAACUGGAUCAGAUUGACUAUAUUGACAGCUGUGCUACAGAAGAAGAGGAAGAAGAGAUGAGGCAACCCAAGUGCCUGGAUUCAGACAGCCUUAGCUCACAAUUCACGUCAUAUAUUGAACAGCGGCGAAUUUCUCAUGAGAGUUCACCAGUAAAGCCAGUACCCAUUAAAGAUUUUCAAAGAACAGAAGACACAAGAAGAUAUUCUCAUCAAAACAGGAUUCCAGUUGAAGCGUCUUACCUUCUGUCACUGUCACAGAGUCACAGUCAGACAGACACAGAAUUUCACCGGAGACGAGAGCAGUUAGUAGAGCGUACACGGAAAGAAGCACAACUUGCUGCUCUACAGUAUGAAGAGGAGAAAAUAAGAACCAAACAAAUACAAAGAGAUGCUGUUUUGGACUUUGUCAAGCAAAAAGCAUCACAGAGUCCACAGAAACAAAGCCUUCCUGAUAGUGAGUGUCCCUUUCCAUCCAGAAGGUCUCAACACACUGAUGAUAGUGCCUUGUUAGUGUCGAUGUCAGGGUUGACUCAAGUGGGCUGUGCUACUACCCUGCCUCAUUCUUCUGCCUUCAGACCUCUCAAGAAUGAUGACAGACCUACCAUCUCACCAGGUUCACCUACAACCCAAACAGUACACCUUUCUCCUCCAUAUUCUCCCGCUGCUUCUACCUUUAGAAACCAGCCCCAGCGACCAGAAAGUUUCCUUUUCCGUGCAACUGUCAGAGAUGAAGCAAAUAAAGGUCAUUCCUCACCCCAUCUUUCUUCUGCUGCUUCAGCCACUGAAUCUGCAGAUCCCAGAUCAAGACAGAAUUCCAAACAACGUGAGGAAGAGUUGGAAUUAAUUGAUCAACUACGAAAGAAUAUUGAGUUCCGGUUGAAAGUUUCUCUGCCUUGUGAUCUUGGAGCAGCUCUUACUGAUGGUGUUGUUCUUUGUCAUUUGGCCAACCAUGUGCGUCCUCGAUCUGUUCCCAGUAUUCAUGUUCCCUCACCUGCUGUACCUAAAUUGACAAUGGCUAAAUGCAGGAGAAACGUGGAGAAUUUCUUAGAGGCUUGCAGAAAAAUUGGUGUACCUCAGGAACGAUUAUGUUUGCCUCUACAUAUUUUAGAAGAAAAAGGUUUGACCCAGGUAGCAGUGACCGUCCAGGCCCUCCUUGAACUUGCCCCACCCAAGCAACAGCAGCACCAGUUGUCUGCUGUCUAAAGACUACCAAGACCUCGAGGGUUUGUCUCGGCCAAGCAGGAGAGAGAGAUGUGACUACCCCUGCCAGGCGUCUGGUUUUAAGUGUGUGUGGGUGUGUUUUCUUAGAAGGGAAUAUUUCCGGAAUUCCUGAAAGGAAUGUUUUGCUUCAUUUCUCCAUUUUAGGGGAGAUUGUGCCAUUUGAUUUUGAGGAAUACUCUGGCCUCCCUUAAAGUACACUUUAUUUGGUCCAUGGGAGGAUUAUCGUUGAAUUAGAAUUACCGGCCCCAAAUGACUGUUUGACUUUAAUGUGAUGUGUUUUGUUGUACAAUGGGUUACUUUAAGAUACUCAAUAGAAUUUCCUCACAGGAACACAGUUUGAUCCCAUCAAGACACCAUCAUGAUAAUUUCUUAUCCUCUUCCAUAAGUCCUACAAAAAGGUUUAAGUAUUGACUUUCUGAAGUAAUGUUCCAUCAUGUGUCUUUUCUAGUCACACAUAAGAAUCAGUUAAACUAUAUGUCAUAUCAAAGCCAAAACAAAAAUAGUACAGUGUGAUUCAUCAUAGGUGGACACAGAUGAGUCCGUCCCAAAUAAUCUGUAUAUUAUAUGAUACAGAGGAUAGAUUUUAUCUGCUCCUAAGCCCAGUGUCCCAGGUUUGCCCACCUCUUUCUUAACCCACUUCCACUCGAGUCCAGACUUUGUAGGAAAAGAUCAUUCCCAUUUUCUCUCAAAGCCAUCAUCUCUUCAUUACAGAUACCAUAGCACUAUAUGAGAGAAGACAAAGCAGACACUCCCCAAGUCUUCAAGCUAAUAGAAUGCCUUGAAAAACAAGCAGAAAGGGAAAGGCAUUCUUCAGUUCUUUUCCAGUCUAAGCCUAUACUAAUUUCCAUAGCUGAAUUUAGUUAUGGGCAUCUUAGAAAGAUGGGCUGGGAAGUCUACUGAGAAACAUGUUACAUAGAAAGGACUUAAAGGUCUGAGUUUGAGUUCUUCCACUGGCCUUGUGGCCAUGGCCACACACCCACCUCUCUAGGUCUCAGUUUCCUCAUCUGUAAAAGGAAGGAGUUGGACUGAACAACAUCUGUUCUCUUCUAGCACUAACACCCAGGGAGCCUGCCCACCUGUCCUAAUGAUAUCACCUUGUUUUGAAGUCCGUCUUGAAAAAGAAAGCAUUCCCAGGACCCUCAGCCAGUCAGUGCCUUAAGCCUGACAAUGCUCCAUUUUUACUAUAAACCUCAUUUACCAGUUCUGUCAUAAGUGAGAUUCCUCAGCAUAGCUGCCUCUCUAAACCAAAUUAAUAGGGUCUGGAAGGGACAAGGAACCUAGAUUCUUGGAUGCCAGUGUGUGUUCUUAGGUUUGAGACUUCAUUUAAAUGGCAUGGUCCUCUUUAGAGCAUGGAUGUAGCCACCUGAAUGUGCUGUUUUCACUCCUGGCCUAUAUUCUCAUCCUACACAAUGAUUACCUGUGCAUUUUCCUAAAUCCUCCCUAGAGGGCCCACCUACUGCACUAGAAGUGGUCUUUUGGUUCUCUUCAGUGCCGCCCUGGCCACCUGCCAUCACUCAUGUCCUAGGUAAUGUCUUUAUGCCACUUCUCCUGCAUGAAAGUAUUCUUGAUAAUGUGUCCCAGCCUGAUCACCCCGAGCAUGCCGGCGAUAGGAAAACUUGGGUUUGAGUCCCAGCUCUGCUCCUCCCACUUCUGUGACCUCAGACAAGUCAACUGCAGAGUGUAAGAAGGGGGCCGGACAGCUUCUAGGAUCCCUCCAGCUCCAAAUCCUUUGGAUUUUUGACAAAGUAGAAACCCUCUUUCUAGCACAGAAAUCUGGUGUUAACAGUGCGGUCAUUUAGACCAGGUUAAAACUGAGCAGCUAUUCGUGUGUUCUGGGAUACGCUGGAGUCUGAUCCUGAGCUCAAAGCUGUGCCUGAUAGGGGUGAGGGGGAGGGGCAGCAAUGGCGGUAGCCAGCGGAGUUGGGGCCAGCCCCUAUCAUUUUCAAGAGCUCACAGAAACUCACCAACCGCAGAACUCAGAACUUAGAUUCAUGCUUGUGUGAACUCCAAUGGCCAGACCUCAAGAGGGCUGUAACGUCUAAAUAAAAAUAUGUCCAAAUGCAGACACCGGCACCUAAAAAUCUAUGUGGCCAACCCCUGUCCCCAUACCCACAUACUCACAUUAAGGAGUAGCCUGGUGUGAUACAAGUAACACUGCUUGGCAUUUAAGGAUUUGGAUUCAAAUCCUGGCUCUCCUACCUGGUAUCUAUGUGACUUUUGAGAAUUCACUUCACUGCUCAUCUGUAAGAUGAGCAUCUUUAUCGGCAAAAUGAAAAGGUGGUUCUUUCCAGCUCUAAAAGCUGUGCUCUGGAUCUCCAGGAUAAAAAGAGGUACCUAAAACAACGUGUCAGCUAUCCAUUUAUUUAACAUAAAAUAUACAUGAAUUUGCUGCAACUUCUCAUUGCAUUUAGAGUGGGGGUAUGUAUUUUUUUUUACUCCCAGCAAUUUUUGGGGUUGUAGUCCUAAAAAGAAAAAUGUCAAAUGUGUAUUGAAUUGUAUUUUCUGUGUCAAAAGCAAAAACCAAUCAUGUUUUCUUUCCUAUUGCAGCCUUUUGGUGCAUGCUCUUUAAUCUGGCUUGGAAAGGGCCUUUAUAUGCAGAGGAAGUGGGAAAAUGUUUAUCAUUUCCCUCACAGCUUAUUUUUUUUUAAAAGCACAACUAAUUAAAUAACUCAUCAUUUCUGUUACUUUUAGAAGCUCCAUAAUAUCUGGUGAUGUGUGCUUAUCCAGAUGAAUUCUAAUGGUUCUGUAAAAAAAAAAAUGGACUUUUAAAACAGUUAUAGGAAUGAAGGAAAAUGUGGACAUUUGAAAGCCUUUUUUUAAAAAUAAAUGUUACAAUGAAAUAGCUUAAUAAAGCAUUUUCAUUUGGCCAUUUCAGAAAAUGUUGUAAACGUGUAAUUAGUAAAGGAAUUUUUUAAGACUGUCAUAUAUUUGUAUGUCUGUAAAUACAUUCCAUCAUUUCUAAGAAGUAUAAAUAUGUCAAUAUCACAUAUGUUAUUUUUAAAUUACAUAUAUGUUGCCAUUAGUGUAAACUAGCACAUUGAUAUUAAAAUAAAA